AUCUGCCAUUCUGCCUUUCCGUAAUGUCAUGUCUUUUUGUUAGAGUGAGUGAUGCAAUAGUUUCUCUAUUUAACAUUGGCAUUUCAUGAAAUCAUUCCUGUAUUAACUUCAACCAUUGCUAUUUAAUUUACAUCAUUGAUCAUUUUAAUGGAUAAACAAUUUUUCGCUGUGUUAUAUUUAGUGAAGUUGAGUAAAUUGUUAUUGUGACAGCCAGGGUCAUUCCUAACCUAUUACAAUGUCGUCUGCCAAAACGAACAGUGUAAACCCUAAUUCAAAACUGGCACUUUUCAAACACGUAAAAUAUGAACAUUUAAUAGCAGGUAUAACUGGAGGAGUAACUUCAACUUUAUUGCUUCACCCAUUGGAUCUUAUUAAAAUAAGAUUUGCAGUCAACGAUGGGCGGACGCCUGUGCCGCAAUACCACGGGUUAAGAAACGCUGUCACCACCAUCUUUCAACAAGAAGGCCUAAGAGGUCUUUACAAAGGGGUCACACCAAACGUGUGGGGAUCCGGAAGUGCUUGGGGAUUUUAUUUCUUGUUUUAUAAUUCUAUCAAGAACUGGAUCCAAGGUGGAAACUCAAAAACACCGCUGGGCCCGACGAUGCACAUGGUAGCGGCAGCCGAGGCCGGAGUACUGACUCUGGCCAUGACCAACCCGGUGUGGGUGGUGAAGACGAGGUUAUGCCUACAAUAUGGACGGGAAAUAGACGUGUCCAGUAACCAGCAGUACUACGGCAUGGUGGACGCUCUCAAGAAGAUCUACAAAGCGGAGGGUGUUCGGGGACUAUACAAGGGGUUUAUCCCAGGAAUGCUCGGAGUAUCUCACGGAGCUUUACAGUUUAUGACGUACGAGGAGAUGAAGAACUGGUACAACAAAUCUCGACACAUGCCCAUCGAUGCAAAAAUGGGCACUGCCGAGUACCUGACCUUCGCCGCUCUCUCCAAGCUGUUUGCGGCGGCUGUGACAUAUCCGUACCAGGUGGUGCGAGCUCGUCUACAAGACCAACACCGCGUGUACAAGGGAACGUGGGACUGCGUGGACCAGACUUGGAGGUACGAAGGAACGAGGGGCUUUUACAAAGGUCUUCUCCCAUACUUGCUCCACGUCAUGCCCAAUAUAUGUCUAGUCCUGUUAAUCUAUGAAAAGUUCACGGACAGUAGUUAACUCGUCAUAUAAAUAGUUAAUUUGUAAAUAUUCUCUCGGUGCUAUCAAAAUUGUUUCUCCCGUUGACGCGAUAUCUCAGUCCCAGCUGGGUUAUUCAGAAUGUGUCGGAUGAUACGUUGUAUUGGAGAUUCAAAUAAUUAGCAAUUAAAAUUUCUUCAGUUGGAUAGCAAAAGAUAUUUAAUAACUUAUUUUUCUGUACAGUAGGUUUAACUUAAGUAAUUCCUCAUUUCCCAAAAUUAUUGGAUAGGCUUGUUACUUAAGCUAUAAUUUGGGACUUGAUUUUCAUUUAAUGAUUCCAGAAUGGUAAAGUUGCUAAAAUAAAACAUUUUUGUUGACAUGUUAAGUUUCACCAAUGUUAGGAUUCAUCAUGAGGCUAACGUAAAAAAAUGUUAGUUUUCUGGCAAAACAAUUUUUUUUACACAUAUUGCUCUAAUCACUUGAGGUAUGGUAGGCCUACAAUUAAAAUUUUCUAGUAAAAUAUCACAAAAAAUAAAGUAUUUUGUCCCAAAACAGAAUAACACCCCCGUCAUUGGUUUAUAGAUUAUUAACUGCUUUUGUACAUACACUGUCUAAAUAUUUUGAAGAAUCAUUCAUUCUUGAAUUUUAAAAGCUUUGACAUUUUACGUUCUUGCCAUCCAGCAAACCAUCGUUAGUGAAAAAGUAAGAGCUUUGACUAUAGUUUGUGCCCAAUAUUGUAUUUUUUAUUUUAAUAUUUUUUUGUAGCCCAAUAGUUUGUGUCUCCUGGAGGUAUUUAAGCGACUCUUUCACCACUCUGCCACAAUCUAAGCCUAUCAUAUCCGUUAUUGUGGUGCUCGCGACUCUUUCUACCAUAGACUAACCAACACAAGUAGACUCCUCAUCCCAUUGUAAAUUUUGAAGCUCGUUUUUCGUGUCUAGUUCAUGUACGUCGACACUGAUCACUAGUGUAGACGAAAUUUCCUUUCUAUUAUUUUAGGGUUAUUUUUAUAAUUUAUGCUUACCGUUUGGUUAGGAGACCAGUUAUUGUUUAUGAUUAGAUGGUUUUAUUUGGUUAAACGAAGUUUUAAAUGACUGAAAUAACAAGAAACAAAUUGUAAACAAAACAUUACCUCUACAAUGCAGCAUACAAAACUAACAAUAAAAUUGGCUUCAGCUGUUCUAUAAGGAUGAGAAAUAUACUAAGGGAGUAUGUUUAAUCUUAAGUUAUACUCUGCACACCCCAAUUUUCACAUUUUUGUAUUAUAAUUUGAUAGGCUACAUCGAUUAUCAUUCAAAGUAAAGUGUGAGUGACAAAAAAGUAAUUGCCACACUCCUGAGGGUUCAUAUUUAAAUUAAUUGUAAAUAAAUAUAAAGGUUACUUACAGUCUUCGCAAUCCUGUUAGUUGAG